CCCAUAUGACACAUCAGAUUGACGAAUGGUUCACCACAUUUGCACCACACUGGUCGACCAGAUAUAAGGCAAGCCCAUGGUGCCUUUGUAUGCUCUACAACGAUUCGAUCUUCACAAUUGGGGCCGAGACAAAGAAUUCCUCCCAGUUCAGGUUGAGGGGAAGCGAUGCCAUGAAUUCAAAAUCAAGGAUGAAAAACUUGGAGAGGUGGAUCUGCUGCUUCACACCAGUCACGAUGAAAGAGUGACGCACUACGGUCUGCAAGGACGGGCCACCAAUGUGGUUCCUAUCACCAGCAAAACGCUCACGAAGAAAUACGGUAUCUUCCAGGAUGGGAUGGUGGUCAAGAUUUUUUGGGGAGAGGCGAGUCGCACCAGCGAGCCGGACAUCUUGAAGAAGGUUAAAGAGAUUGCUGAGGCGCAUGAUACUGUCAAAUACCCUAUUCCCCAGCUGCUCUGGCACCAUCAGUUCACGAAUCUCACAUCCGCCGUUCAAGAAGCGCUCGGCGUUCCUGGACCCACUACGGGAGGCCGCGUGCUCUAUAUUCUUGUAUUCAGCAAGCUCCUCCCUAUCACGAAGCUUCAGGGAAAAGAGCUUUUUGAUGUCUGGCAUCAGUGUAUCUCAUGCCACCUUACUCUUUGGAAGGAAGGGGUCUAUCAUCGAGAUGUCAGCCCUGGAAAUCUGAUGUGGUACUGGAAAGACGGCAAGCAGAUAGGCGUUUUGAACGACUACGAUCUAUCCUCGUUGGCGGAUGACUCAGGUCCUCGCGGGAACGAGCGCACGGGCACGGUGCCGGCCAUGGCGCUCGAUCUUCUCAUCGAAGAGGGUCAACGAGGUGAAGUCAAACACCUAUAUCGUCAUGAUGUGGAGUCGUUCAUGUGGUGCUUCGCCUGGAUUUCCUUGCGUUACAAAAGUGGAGUUCUUCUACCACGGAGAUUGCGCCCCUUGGAUGAAUGGGCGACUUUAGGCGCUGUGGCAUGUGGCAAGAAGAAGUAUGUUUUUCAGGGCCGUCUGACAGCUUCCGCACCCUCCGAAUCGGACAUAGACGGAGUCACAUGGGAUUUCCUGGUGGACUGUUUUUUGGUGCUUAAAAGAGAUGCCGACGAGCGAUACUAUUACUAUCUUCGCCUUAAACGGUCGUUGAGCUCAGGAGAAGGCCAACAGUCCAACACCCAGGAGCCAGAUCCCGAUGCUUUUCUAUCUAAAUUUACAAGUUUAGAGGGUUGGGCUAAGCUAAGCAAACCUGAAUGAUUUUCUUUACUUUUUAUCCUAUACGCGGUUUCCAGUUGUAGAUUCACAAUGCAAGCAGUCGACCGUUCACUUGCCAC